CAAUACUAUUUUGCAACCCAAUUAUUAAUCAAGUAUAUAUAAUAAUUUUUGCAAAAAAAAAAACGAUGCUCACUGCGUUCUUAGUGCUUUGCUUUUUUCUUAGGAUAAAAGGCCAGCCUGUGCCUAGUUUGCAGCCAGAUGCAUGUGAUAAAACUGCAGAGGGCGACUCGAGAAAUGAACUUGCCUUCGUGUGUCCUCCAGGUUGCCACAUUGGGAAUGUCCUCGGUGUUUAUGGAACAGCGCAAUAUACAAUCGAUUCACUUAUUUGCGCCGCUGCUAUUCAUGAUGGUAGAAUUACAGACACUGGAGGGAUCGUCAUAGUAAACAAAGUUGGAUCAGUUUCAACAUUUACUGGAUCGACAGCCAACCUGGUGACAACACAGACAUAUGGUAGCAGUUAUAAUGCGUUUAGCUUUCUGGAUCCUUCGGCUGUUCCAGCAAGUUGUUUUUUUAGUGUAGAAGAUUAUGAACCCAACGUGUUUGUUCAUAAUUGUGGAAAUGAUUGUGAAAGUCAUUCUGACGAUGUUUGGGGGACCUCUGAAUACACAAGGGAUUCACAAAUUUGUGCUGCAGCUGUACUGGAUGGUCAAGUCCCGCCCACAUCUACUUCAGAUACCCAAGUGAUUGUUAUAAAAACACGAGGACUCGGAACCUACCCUGCAGAUACAGCCAAUGGCAUCACAUCACAACUGUGGGAUGCAUUUUAUCCUGGUUUCCAGUUUGCCACUACUAUACCGAUGGAUUGCAUAUUGACAUUUGGAGAUUUAGGCAUCACAACGACAGUAACAGAUUUUUUAUGUCCGUCUGAUUGCGACCAACACAACUAUAAUGAUAUUAAAGGUACAGGAGAAUACACCGAGGAUUCGCAAGUAUGCAUAGCAGCAAUACACAAAGGACAAAUCGAAGCCGCCACUGGAGGUCGAGUACUUCUCAGGAAACUGGUGGGACCGCCCAACGCAUUUAUAGGAAGCACUAACAAUGGUGUGACUACGAUUAGCUCGGGAUCUGGCGAUGGGUUUACUUUUGAUGAUUGUGUGAACGGAGUCGUCAGUUCUUCUCCUAGCCUUUGUGCCUGCAAUGCAAAUUGGUAUGAGGCGGCAUGUGACACAUAUUGUCUUCAUGGAAAUUAUUCCGCCGGCACUUGUACGUGUGACUCUGGAUAUGUUGGGCCUAUGUGCAACCGAGCUUGUUGAUGACAGAUCAUCAAUUUAAAGAGAUAUAUCUACAUGGCUUUCGAAGAAGAAAUGAUAUAUAAUCGUGUAACUUAUAUAUAUUAUAUUGGGAUUUGAAUAACAAUCUAUGGUCGCCAGAGCAUUAUUAGACACGAGAUGUACCUUUUAAUUGCAUUGGUGAAAUGUUGUUGAUGUUGUUGUUGAGAUUUUUGUCGGGGCCGUGCAUAAUCUAUUUUCUCUUCAACUAAUAGGGCAAUCGAUUUCAGGUUGUUACUAUUUAAAACAGAAGAAGUCACGGAAGGCAUUACUUUUUUCGAAUAUUUUGUGAGUCCAACGGGACCGCUACUUAUCUCUAGAUUUUGCGUUUUCUUCUUUCAAUUUACUGACUUACCUUCAUAUGACGUUCGGUACAACACCAUUCCAUAAACAUUUUCUGAAGAAUUUCUUCAGCUUUCUGAUAGUCAUUUGAAUUCGUGUCCCAUAGAUAUACUAAAGCAUCGAUCCCUUGCAUUACGUAAAAAUAUAUUUGCGUUCAAUUUUAUCAAAGCUAUGAAAAAUAACUUUUAUUUGAAAAAUGUUCCCAUAAAAUCGCCUCAAAAAACUUUUUCAAAAAAAUGUAUACGAUAAGCUGUAGUGAUGAGUUUAAUUAAAAUGUAGUUAUGUUAUAUAUAUUACCUCUGUGG